CAGUUGACUUGCAAAACCGUCAAGUUACAGUCUAGUCUUGUCGUAAAAAAUCGCCACAUCUCACCGCAGCAUCAACUUCCAUCUUCUUGACGUACGUUUCCAUCCUCUCCUUCGUUUAUGCAUUAGGAGAAUCCACCCCCCACCUAUCAUCGUCCCCUCUUUGAUCACCCCUAGUUUCGCCCAUCUCCAUCAUCUCACAACCAAAAUCUAAUAUCUGUCUUGUUCCUCAGACAACAACCCGAUCACCAUGCCUCUCACCAUGCCCCUCGGUCUCGCCAUCAAGUCCGGCGAAGCCAUCUGCUACGGCGUAGCCACCGUAGGCGGCUUCGCGCCCUUCUACUUCAUGUACCCGGGCGCCGACCAGCGCCUGGCCAACCAGACCGCCAAGUGGGCGCCCCGCUGGGAGAAGAACAUCAACUACGUCUGCCCGACGACCGAACGCGCCAUCAAGCGCGUCGAGCCGCCCGUCGCCCGCGCCGUCCGCGCCGUCGAGCAUCGCUUGCCCCUCGAGAGGAUGGCCAAGGGUGUGGAGCGCCGGCUUCGGCCUAGGUUUGAGAGGAUUCAUUCGCCUUUGGCGACUUGAGAUGGCCGCGGCGUAAGGUUGGUUUGUUGCCAAAUAGUG